AUGAUUACACCGUUCCCUGUGCCCUCAAAGGGCGCACUGCGUCUGCUUCGCCAGAUUGCAUAUGCCGGCUCUUUUGCUGGGUCAAUUGGUGGAGGGGCCGUGAUCUUGGAGGACCGACGACGCAGGAUCUGUGCCGCCAGAGAGAUCCAUGAGACGACGAGGAAGCUUAAAUCGAGCCGCAAAUACCAUAGUGCGGCAUCCGCAGCAGAGAAUGAGCGUGACUCGAGUUCCGAGCAUGCUAUAUAUAAGCAUUGGGACAUCAAUAUAACGCCGGAAGACGAUCCAUCUCGCACGCCAUUCCUCCCCUCUGAGAUUAAUAAAGCAUACGAGAGCGUCCAUUUCCCAUCCAGUGCAAGUCACAAGCAUCACAAAGAAAGAAUACAUCGGAGCGAAAAGCAUCAAUUAAGAGAAGAUUUCGCAGAUAAUUCAGAUGUUGCCGUCGGAAACAGAUCCAAAGCUGAAGACGUUGCAGUGGUGGGGGGAUCAGAUUUAACACCGCACUCCCCACAGAAGCUGCACAAAUUCGUCCCUCGCGGCAUAGACGAACAGCUGAGCAAUACGGCGUUGAAAAAUACUCCUCCCUCGAAUAACAAUGUCAUCGAAAAAGAUUCAGCUCAGACAGGCAAUCUUUCAUCGACUCGACCGCAUACUACAUCCGGAAGGGAAUCAUCCGCAGAAGCGAUAGCGACUGUUGAAAAGCCAGGGUCACAAAGUAAUCCGGAAUCUCUGCUUCAACACAUUGACACAAGACUGGCGCGAAAAGAUACCCGGAAUGCCGUCGCUCUUUUCUUGGAGACCUUCUCUAACCAGACUUCGACGGAGCUUAGACCACGCUUUACGAAACUUGCGUUCAAACUCGCGUCUGCUGCUCUUCAAGAGAAGAAAUAUAACCUGGUGGAGAAUAUUUUUUGGAGAAUGCGAGAGUUGAACGCUCUUGAUUGGCGCUGCUGGUCACUUAUGCUCAAAGCACUGGCGGAACAGAAACAGCACCGGCAGCUGAUCGACAUCUUCAAGGAUUGGCGGGGAACGUUUAGGCCAAAUGACGAGUCUCAUGUGCCGGCAAUGCAAGCUUUCGUGGCUCACUCGAAACUCGGUGAAGCGGAAGAGAUAUUGCAGUCCGCUUCAAAGCAGAAUUCUUCACAGUUGCGGGCCAGUUAUGUUGUGCUACUCAGCGGGAUAUGGAGAGCGACAAGAGAUCUUGAGAGAACAAAGGCACUUUUCUCGCGAAUGCUUUCAUGGUCAGCGGACUUUCGGCCUUCUGUUGCGCUGUACAACAGCCUUAUCCGAUCAUGCGUCGAGAGUCACCAAGAAGAACAGGCAGAGGCAUACGUCCUUGAGAUGAAAGAAAAGUGGUCGCUCCAACCUAACAUUCGAACUCUCGGUCAUUUUGUGUUGUCUAAAGCUCAGAAACAAGACUGGCCAGGCGUACAAAAUAGUCUCGAUAAUCUGAAAUCGACGGGCCUGAUUGCAGAGGCAAAAACGCCAGCUGCGCUACUUAACCCACUCUUGAUCGCAUACGGUCGACAAGGCAAUUCCAAAGAUCUGGUAUCUUUCUCGCGCACUAUUAUCGAGGCCUACGAAUUACGUCCUGAUCAAUCGACUUCCGAUAUUGUCGUUGGCAUACUUGCAGAGAAUGGACUCGUCUCUGAAAUCGAGGAAUGGAUGGAGUACACUCGACAGCAAGGGUUCAACUUGAAACUUGACGCUCAAUCUUUUGGUCAGAACCUCGAGCGGUUCUGGGCCCGGAACAAGAACGGCGCCACCACCCGUGUCGAAAAGCUACAUUUCGCUCAUCGGCAACUGAAGAGGUCUGCAGUGAACGACGAAGCUCUUCAUGGCAUCCGUAAAGUCAUUGCGCGCUGGAAGAGCCAAAGGCCAAGGAAACUUAAUUCGAAGCCGCUGAAGGACGCUCCCAACGAAAAACUGGAGAUGGGGGUGGGAGUAAGAGGCGUCCAUCGGCAAAUGGACCUUGCCAUGAUCGACGGUCGACCAGCGGAAGCUGUGCGAAUCUACGAACGAGCUGUUGCCGACGGAGUUGUCAUCUCGCGGCAAUUGCUUGAGACGGCUGUCGAGGCCAGUCUUCGUGCCACCGGUGAUGACUUUGCUCAAGCACAUGGUCUCGUACUUUCCGCACGCGAGUCUGGGCUAAAAACCGAAGAUGCUCUUACUCCUUUAUUCAUUCAUCAUCUCUAUCAAUCGGCCAGCCAUAUUCGCCGCCAUGUCGGCGAGGACCUCAAGACCGCUGUGCUCAAUGUUUAUCGCACCAUGGAGCAGCACGGCCUCCCUAUCAAGCACCACGUCGCCAUCACCGCUGCCAACCGGUUGAUCAAUCAGGGGAAACCAUCAGAAGCAAUCAGUCUCCUCACCAACAUCAAGAGCCUUCCUCUUUACGAAUCAACCCCCUUUGAUAUCGUCGGCAUGACCACCUUUCUCCGCGCCUACGUCCAACUGCACCAGGUCGCUGGUAUUCAAUGGGUCUUACACACCGUCUUUUCCACCGACAUGCCAAUCGACGAACCAUUCGUGGAUGUCUUGAAAAAGGCAAAGUCCGGAUUGCGAGCCAUCAUGACCAGUCAUGGUGUUCAACAUCAUUCUCAUGCUUCUUCUUCUCAUUCCUCUUCGGCUUCAUGGGCAAUCAAUGCGACUUCAAAAUCCUCCCUGAGCCAGCGGAGUCUCAGUACCGUCCCCUACUCUCCUCAGAUGGUUCACGAUUGUCGCCGUUUCUUGAAACUCCUUGACACCUGGGUCGUGGAAGUCAGUCAGCGGAAAAAGUACAUGGAGGCCGAAUCGGCAAGGCAGCAAAGAGCCAUUGUCAAACUGAUUAAGAAGACUUCUUCUUCUCCAUCCUCUUCUUCUUCUACUCCUCUUUCUUCAUCCUCUUCUUCUUCCGCUUCUGCUUCGUCCAUCUCCCCUCCUCCUACUCCUUCUUCUUCUCGCCCCUCGAUUAAUGUCCCAACGCGUCAGCGCAAGUCUCUCAAAACGGCCAGGAAACCGUCCAAACACAUUACACCUACCGAAAGCCAACCAAAACCAACCGCUCAAUCGACCCAGGCGUCAUCAGACAACCACGCUUCUUCCGUCGUCUCAUGCGAGGCAUAG